CGCUGAAGUGCAGACAGCAUUGCGGUACCGUGGCCGGCCGUGGACGGGUUUCACCACCUAAAGCUUUUCAAAUGGGCCCCGUCGCCUAGCGGUUUCUCCCCGAAAGCCUCCGACUGAGUUGCACAGGGUGCUACAGAACAUCAGCACAGACAAGAAGGUUACCAUCUAAGGAACAGUGAACAAGUGUGAAGCAUGGCAGCAAUCCCAGCUAGCGGAUCUCUUGUAGCCACCCAUGACUAUUACCGGAGGCGCCUUGGCUCUACAUCAAGUAGCAGUUCAUGUGGUAGUUUGGAAUACACCGGGGAAGUUAUUCCACAUCACCCAGGCCUGCCCAAGCAAGAUUCUGGUCACUGGUGGUCGAGUUUCUUCUUUGGGAAGCAGCCAGGUAUGGGCUCCUUGGCUGAAGAGGCCCAACAAAAAUCAGGGCUGAGUGUUACUGAUGGAAAGGUGAUGUGUAUUGCUCGGGACAUGGUGAAGAGGCAGGCCAGUGAGGGUAGCGAUGCUGGGAAGUCGGAGGUGGGGAGUUCUCAUUCCUAAGUCUGGCUCGGGGACCAACGCUAGGGGACGGGAAUUGGCCCUUUUUUUAUUUUAUUUUUUUCUGCUUCAUGUAUAGAAUAGCCUGUUUUUAGGUGAUGUCCCAACCAUUAGUUUGUUUGGCAUAAAAUGAAGCUAUUAAAGUGAAGUGUUUUUGUAUGUUUUUACACCUGUAUAAGUUUGUUACUACUUUCCACUGUAUCACUAUGUUCACAGAAACAAUAAAACUUUGAAGUAUACAAA